AAGUUUUCGAUUUCGGUCAUCGUUGGUGUCGGAGAUGCUCUGCAAGUUUGAGAUGGGGCUUUAUAAGAACUUCACGAAAUUAGCAUCCCCCCCCCGUCGUUUAAAGCUAGCCACAUAUUACUUUCACUUUGUUUUACACCAUGGACGCCAGAAAUGAUUAAUGAACAUUACAUUUUGGAAUACGUGUUACUGAGUAGCAGCUAGCUAACUUGCUUGCUAGCUACUGCAAUUUACUAGAAUAACGUUACACGUUAGCUAGUAAUCGAAUGAAAGAAAGGUCUGAAGUUAGCUAACUUACUGUUGUUGGCUAGCUAGUCAAAGACAGACAUUUGAUACAAUGUUGUUCAGCUAGAGCUGUGGAACGUACUUAGAAGCUUGGUAAAACGUAACGUUACUCAGAAUAACACUCACGUUAUUUUAGCUAGCUAACGUUACUUGCAAUAAAGGAAACAAUGUAUUUUACUUGCUUGUUUUUAGCUACCUAGCUAGCAUUCUUCUGACUGCAGUUUCAAACCAGAUAGAUAGCAAGAUUAACGUUACAUCCUUGAGAAGUCUGUCGCCAGCCAAGUUACUCGUCUUGGGUAUUUUAUUUUCGUUUAAAGUUGCUCCUCAAUCAGGAGCCAGGAUAUUAUUGACAAGAGGCUGACAUUAGCUUGCAUACUGGUUCAGUGGUUGAACUUGUGGUAGCAAGACUAGCUCCCAUUGCUAUAAUAGCUGGAUCUAGUCCUCCGUUAGCUAACUGUCUUGAAUGACAGGGACUUUCUUGCAAAGAUCAUCAGACCAUGUUUUUGUACUGGUCUUACUUUUAAGGGGGCGUUGUUAUUAGCUAAAUACAUAGCUAGCUAACCAAGUAAAUUGCUGAGGAUGCCUGGCUCAGAAAUUCAUCUUCCAAAUGCUGAUUUGGGAGAAUUGGACUCAGAAAGUCUCCCUUCAAAUUCCGGUUUGGGAGACUUGCCAUGGCUUUGCAUGGUUACACUGUUCAUUGCCUCCAUCAUUACAUUGAUACUGUAUCUAGUACAGUAUUUUUACAGCGAUCUACGGAUACAGAUGCCUGAGCAAAACAAUGCUGGUUCGGGGGAAGCGGACGUUCUGUUGGGAUGGGCGCUUUCACUGAACAGUUGGAAAAGUCAAUGGAGAGGGGCUUGGUGCAGAGCUUUGAAUGAUGAAUCGACGAAGUCUGGGUGCCCAGUGAAACUAAUAUUAGAAGAGGACGGCCUCGAGUCAUCAGAACUGGUGGUUGGCCAAGUGUCCAGCUUCAAGAAGUCUGCUAGUCAGAAGGCUGCACGAUGCAAGGUGGUCGGGGACAAGCUUCAGUUCUCCCUCAGUGCUUCACCAUCAGCCAUGUGUCCAGGAGAGCCCUGUAGGUACAGCGUAACGAUAUCUCCACUUGAACUGCAGUUGGACUUGCAGAUGAGGGAGGCUGAAGGGCAGGUCCAGGUGGUCUGGGGGGUGUGCCAUCUUGAGACUUGGGACCUGCAGCUCAGCCCCAGCUUCACACAGGACCAUGCCACAGGCCCCAGUGUGUUUGCAGUAAAGGACAGGCUGAGACAGCUGCUGUGUGCGGUGCGUCCCUCCGUUAUGCUGAGUUGCAGGCCUGCUCAUGCCACAGAGGUCAAGGAGGCACGUAACAAGGUGACAUCACCGCCCAAGCCCCCCCGCGCUCACGACUGGAAGCUGCUGGUAAAGAAUAUCCGGGUGACGUGUAAGGAGCAAGAGGACGGUGCUGCAGGCAGUCUGAAUCCCCUGUGUGUGCUGCAGCUAGAUGACCCUCCACAGAAACUCUCCACUUCAGUCCUACAGAACACAGCCAGCCCAGCCUGGGACCAGCCCUUCAUCUUUGAGCUGAAUGGACGAUCAAAAGAGCUGAAAAUUCAGCUGCUGGAUGAUGGGAAACCUCAGGAGAACUCCUUACUGGGUCAAGUGUCUGUGCCUUUUGAUCUGGUGAAGAAGCAKCCCAAAGGACAGCUAACAUUUACACUCAUGACCAAAGAUCAAGUGACAGGGUCACUUACUACUGAGUUGACAUACCUGAAACCCAGUGAGGUGCGGUCGUGGCAGUCCCCUACUCCAGCCCCCACUAAGAGAGUGGAGAUGGACCGCACGGUCAUGCCCUGCGGUACUGUGGUCACGACAAUCACUGCAGUGAAGAGUAAACCAGGUCGACCACUACUGCCUGGACUAAAUAUAACCCAGCAGAACCCCUCCAAUCCUCCCAGCGGCACCAAGUCCAAGGUGUCAGGACGGAGGGUGUCGGCGCAGCCGUCCGUGCUGGGGAUCAUGGGGAGYAAGGCCUUGUCCUCCUCCGACACAGAGCUACUCAUGCUCAACGGGACCGACCCCGUGGCUGAGGCUGCCAUCCGCCAGCUCCACGAGUCCGCCAAGCAGAAGCUCAAGUCCCCGGUCAAGAAGAGCACCAUCAUCAUCUCAGGAGUGACCAAGACUCCUCUGUCUCAGGAUGAUGAGAUGGCUCUGAUGGCGGGCUAUGCUGCUGCGAUGGAUGCCUCUAUGUCGGAGGGGGGAUCUCAGGAGAUCGCUGUGGCAACUGCAUCAGUAGUAAAAGCCAGUAGCAAACCCCCGGAGGUGUCGUCAGACCCCCAGGAGGGCCCCAGUGGAGUGGCCCAGCAGGCCCSGGAGGACUGGGAGUGCCAAGCARKAGAGGGCACAGACCAAGAUCCAGACAAAACCUCCAUGUCACUAUGCAUCUCAGAGUCUGGAUCCAAAAAGAGCAGAGGAGGCAGCUUCCURCACAGGAGUGCCAAGCUGUUCUUCCGCCGGCGCCGCCAGUGCAAAGACCCGGGGAUGAGCCAGUCGCACAACGACCUGGUGUACUUGGAGCAGCCUGUGACGGUAGACCAGGAGAAACGCACGUCCACCUUCAGCCGGAUGCUGAACCGCAAGCUGCUGCCCACGAGCAAGAGCACAGCCAACGGCUCCACCGCCACCCAAACAGUGACACCCGCUCCUACCCCGGGGGAGCAGCAUGCAGCAUGACCCCCC